AUGAGCCACGAUCCGGUGGAGGAAGCAUUCUUCGAACGCACGGUCAUUGCUGUCAAACUGACGGUUGUGAUCAUUAUGUCCGCAUCUUCCAUGCCUUCCCUGGGAACGAUUGUCCAGCUGCACGCAGAGGAGUUCUUCAACUUCAGAGGCCUGGACAAGGAGGAUGCCCAGGAGCCCGUUUGGCUCUCGGUGCAGGCUUUCAUCCUCCAUGUGUGCUGCCGCCAGCUGCGUGCGGCGAAGCAGCUCAUCAACAAGGCCAGCAAGCACUUGGAGUUUGCUGGGCUCUACUCCUGGCGCGCGGCCGGGGGUAAGUUCAUGGUGGAGAUCCAGGGCGGCGAGCACUUGGAGUUUCCGGUCAGCUGCAGAGACCGCUCGCUCUUCGAAGCAGAACGGCGCUGGCUCUGCGAGGUGGUGAACCAUCGGCUACAGCGAAAUUGGGGCCGGAUGGCGGGCUUCUUGCGCGAGCUGCGGGCUGGGCCAGAGGCAGAGCCCUUUCUCCGCACUUCGGAGGCAGAUGGACCUAGCAGCGCAGGCGCAGUGGUCGACCAUGCCGCCUUGGCCGCGACACUCUGUCGUCUGUCGUGUUGUGAAGCAGCUCCUCCCCCUGUGACGAUGGCACGCGCUUCGGUGAUGGCAGCAGCAGCCAUGCUCUUUGCACCGCUCUGCUUCGUUGCGCCUGGUCCUUUUCAGGUGGCUCCAGUUAUGCGACAGGCAAGGUCCAGCGGCAGCGGGCGCCAGCAAGCACCCGCGAUGUCGGCAGCCUUGUGUUUGACUGCAGCCAUGGGAGCAGCAUUCCUGAAAAAGGACAUGGGCAAGGCCAUGCAGGCUUCGAAGACAACGCGACGCUACACGACCCAGACCAUCGUCCCGAGUUUGCAGUGGCUCAAGACUGGACUUCGAGGCAACGACUUGCAACCUGGCGAACUCAAGGCUUACGGCAUUGCCGGAUGCGAUGUGUGCGUUGGUAAGACGCAAGACGGAAAGCUGUUCGCUGUUGGCGACAAGGCCCCUCCUACCGGCACAUCCUUGAGUGUGGGCGCUGAGGUUCAGGGAAGUAAGAUCUUGGAUGGGCAGUUCGGAAACGUCUUUGACUGUUUCACUGGCCAGCCAGAGGGUGAUUGGUGCCCUUCGCCGCCGGGGAUCGGCAAGUUCGUCGCCUGGUUCAUUGGACGGAAGGAGGCACUUCCAACGUUCGAGAUUCGCGAGGCCUUCCUCUCAGGUGACAUCGAGGUCAUGGUCGACACCAAUGCAAAGGCUGCAUACGAAAGCUGGUACUGGAAGGGUCUCCUGGAUGAUUCGCAAGGAUUAGCAGAGCUCGAUCAAGAAAGGCCAAGCGACACGUCUCAGCAAGAUGUUUGCUUCGGCUCCGGCCUGGCAUUUGGCGUUAGCCCGGCGCUGGCCGCCCAGCCCGGCGUGGCCGUGGUUGGCUGCCUCCCAGCUGAGCUGCGGGCCACGCAGGUAUGUGGAGUAUCCACGUCGGCAGCAGAUAUGCUUACGAACAUCGCAUCCAGUAUAGUGGUGAGAAUGCUCUUCAUUGUUUUCAUCACCACGGCCAUCAUGAUCUGCUUCAAGGGUUGGGUCGGGCCUCCGAUCCGAGCUCUCAGCUCCUGGGCUUUGCUGGAGUGGACGGGUAGACUCAGGGAGAAGGAAGAACUCAUCAGAAGCAUGGCCACUCGCGAGCAGCAAGCGCGCAUCAACGCGGAAGCGCGCCUGCUGGAAGCGAUUGUGGACAACGACAUCGAAGCUCUUGCGGCGGUCCUCCACGGUGACGUCCCGGCGAAGGAUCUGUUGCGGCUGCGGGUGAAGCCUACCUACAAUGACCCAGCGGAUGACACGGCCUUCUACCACUCGGUUGCUUCCUUUGGCCUCAGCUUCGCUCUUGGCGAGAACGCAGCGCAGCUGGCGAUGAGGAACGACUGCGAGGACGUCGGCACUUGCCUGCAGGCGGCAGCGGACAGCGACGGCCGCGAGAUCCUUGAGAGUCGACUGGCAGCCGAGGCCGAGCUCUUAGCAGCCAUUCGAAGUGACAACGCGGAUCAGGCCGGGUGA